UUUUUUCUGGACAGAAUAGAUUGCCUAGGAAAUUACUUUCGUAGUUAUAGUUAUAUAAUGGAAGAGAAACCCGUGAAUCCCAAUGAAUACCUCGAAAUACCCAAGUGGGUGAAUGAGGACUACUUCCAGCCCAUUCUCGAGAAGGAUGUGAGCGGCUUUCAGAAGAUCAUCCGCUUUACACCCAUUGCGGCCACGGCUCCGGGUGAUAACUAUGCCUCCAUCAUGAUUAGAGUACAUAUUGACACCCUGCUGAAUGAUGGUAGCGAGCAAAAGAUAUCAUAUAUACUGAAGACCCAGCUGGACGUUAACAAGGGAGGCGCCAUGAUCAGUCAGAUGGGAUUUUUCGGCAAGGAAAAGGAAAUGUACAAGGACCACAUACCGCAGUUUGUGAACCUCUACGAGGAGGCGGGAUUGAACAUUGAGCUGGCCCCAAAGUGCGUGCACAUUGGGGAGACUCCCGAGAGCAUCACCCUGGUCUUUGAAGAUCUGAGUCGGCAGAAUUUCAAGAAUGCCGAUCGUCUGAAGGGUUUCGAUAUGGCCCACAUGCGUUGCGUGCUCCGGAAAUUGGCAGAACUCCAUGCGGCCUCGGCGGUCAAUCGUUUACUGAUCGGGCCCUACGCUUCGAGGUUUUACGACUCCUUUUUUAAUGAAGAAAAUAGGCCGAUGUUGACCAAGAUCCGAGAAAUACGUGAGCCUCAAUUUGUAAAAGCCAUGCUCGAGUGGGGUGUUCCCGAUGUCGAAAGAUACCUUAAGAAAUCUCUGACGCCCUCACAGUACUUUAAUGCGGGGCUAAAGCUAAGCCAAGUGGAUGAGAGCGAGUUCAAUGUGCUGAACCAUGGUGACUGCUGGUCCAACAACAUCAUGUUCAAUUACAAGGAGAAUGGAGAGAUCGACAGGACAAUUUUUGUGGAUCUGCAGGUGGCCAAAUGGGGCUCUCCAGCGCAGGAUCUUUGGUACAUGAUCAUUACCUCCGCCUCGCUGGACAUCAAAGUCAAAGAAUUCGAUCAUUUCAUUCAAAUCUAUCAUGAACGUCUGGCCGAGUGUCUGAAUAUCCUUAAUUACUCGAAGCCCAUUCCCUCUUUGAGGGAUAUCCAAACACAGAUGUUGAAGUACGGUUUUUGGGGUCCUAUUACGGCAAAUGGUGUGAUGGUGAUCGUCCUCUUUCCGUCGGAUAAGGACGCCAACAUGGAAAAGUUAAUGGGUGUCGGUCCGGAAGCAGAAGCUCUUCGAGACAGGAGCUUCAGAAAUCCCUACUAUGCCAAGGCGAUGACACAGUUGCUUCCGUUCUUCGAUAACAAGGGUCUCCUGGAUGAGGAGUAGUAUGAUAUAUGUAUACUGUUUGAUUUAAUGUGUAGCUUGUAACAUAUUGUACGUACAUAUAUGAAUCGAUUCUAUCCUCUAUCUGUACUCAGGUCUCGUCUAGAUUUGU